AUGCCGAAUAUAGUCGUGUCAAGCGAAGAACCCGCGGGGCACCCCACUGAAUCGCUGCGAACAGAACCCGGUCGCUGCAUCGACCAGUCCACCGCAGGGGUGGCACGACCGGCACCGAGAGUCUGGGACCGCGACGUUGGAGGGCGCAAGGUACCCGAAAUGAAUCCAGCUUGGGCGGAUCCGAGUCUGACCGAGUUCUUGCGGGAACUUGCCUUUCAGAUGGCGCGGGGAAUAGUGCAAGCGUCCCAGAGGUUUAUCGGAUACGAGGACGGCAAGAACAUGAGGAAUUUCCUCGACCUUGCAGAGUUAGAUUUCAUCGAACGAGGGCUGGAAGAACGGCAGUGGGGAGAAGAACUCAAAAGAUAUCUGAAGGGAGACGCCUUGGGUUACUGGUUGUAUCUGCGUCGCACUGGAGAACCCCUGACUGAUUGGGAGCAACUGAGACAGCGAUUCUGCGCGCGCUUCUGUGGUAUAACUAAGGAAUGGAUGAAAGUCAUGAUAGCGGAGAAUGUAUGGAGGGGCGACCACCACGCAUACUCUGCGCGCUUCGAGGCCAUCGUGGCCGAAGGGGUGUCGGUGGCUCCAGACCUGUUGGUGGGUUACUACUUGGCCAACCUGCCGGAGGAAAUAUUCCGAGAGAUAACUCAAGGGGGAACAAGGAAAUUCGCAGACUGGCAGGAAGCCGCCGCAGCACUGGCUACCACGGUGGCCCCGUGGAAGGAUUUGUGCGAAGACCGCCUCCGAUUCCAGCGAGACUUAGAGGAUGCCAAGCGCAGAUGGGCUAAAGGCGGGCGAGAGCCGGGCCUACUACGCGAACGAGAGAACAGGGACAACAGACGGAAUGAUACUACGGACUCACGCUGUUACGCGUGCAGCGGAAGGGGACAUAGCAGAGCCCGUCCGGCCGCCCAGACAGCAGCCGAAGCGGCCCAACGUCGACCAAUCGGGGCAUUUAAACGGACGAGCCUAGCCGUUAAGGGAGACGAGCGGGCUAGGCGGACUCGGAGUGGUAAAGGUGCGAUGUGCGCGGUAGCGACAGGGCCUAACUCCAUUCCAGUCUCCCCAGAUUGGGGGAAGAGGUUGCGUAUUGGGGAAAAGCGGGAACGCGCCGAGGGUCCGGACGUGGGGGAGACUCAGCAACCCCCGGCAGACCAGUCCCACGCCGAGACUACGUUGCAAAUCAAGGAAGGGUCUAGGCGUAGACUGGACCACAGCGGCGAGCUGAACGACGCCACAACUGAAGGGGACCGUCCGCAGGACACGAGCACUAAAGAACUACAAUGGUGGCGCGAGCAGAGGGUGCAGGAAGACGCCACGCCCAAGGGGACUCUGUGUAGUGUGGGUAUGAGCGCCGUACUAAGAGUCGAAGUGGCUGGCAACCAGUGCGAAGCUCUUCUAGAUACCGGCGCCUCAAGGAGCUUCAUUAGCCCAGGGGCGGUAGAACGCCUACAGCUGAGAGGACGGAAGCUGCCUGAGGAACACGUGUUCACCGUAGCUAACGGUGCGCAGUUGAGGAUAGAUCGCGUGGUGAAGGGACUCACUAUGUGGUGUGGGGCGACCCGUUUAGCUGGCGACUUCUUAGUCGGGCCGGUGCCAUAUGACCUAGUGGUGGGGCUUGAUUGGCUGACUGAGCAUAGGGUAGCGUGGUAUUUCCAGUCUGAUAAGCUACGUACGUAUGUGAAUGGCCAGUGGUGCGAUCUACCGGUUGUUCGUGCCACCGAUGCCACACAACGGAACGGCAGUACUCUAGGGACGCGUCAGCGGACCCCCGCGGAGCAGGCGUACGACAUACUGGCUAAGCAGGUGGCAGACAUGACUAGGGAGGAAGCUACGGCACUUCUACGCCCACCCUCUAAGAGGUUCAAGCCACCCUCAAGGGGCAAACGGAAAGCAGUGGUCGCUGCUCUGCUACAGCAGGCUUCGGAGAGCGCAGCCUGCAUACGCCAGCCACUUCAAGGGCUCUACGUUAUACUAGCGCUCCCCGCGAUGGAGUCGGACGUGGCUCUGCGUCUAGUGGAGGAGUGGCAAGGGGCUUUAUGUUGUGCCUUGGUCGAAACCUCCCCUUCCAACCCCCACCGGCAGUGUCUUAAGGCUCUACCCGCUUCCGCGUUUCCCGACGAAGAGGAAACAUCCCCUUGGCCAACGGCCAAACUCGAGUACUCGCAAUUCCAUACGUGGCUAACCUCCGUGGAGGCGCAGGCAACUCCCCGUGUGAUACUGGAUGUGUUGUGUGCUCACCGUGCGGUCUUUCCGGAUAAACUUCCUUCAGGGCUGCCACCGAAGCGCCCCCACGAUCACCGUAUCCUUCUCGUGCCAGGGAAGCUCCCUACGAAAUCGUCGAUCUACCGCAUGACCCCCGAACAACUUCUAUUUCACAAGCAGGAGAUAGCUAAGCUGUCUGCUAAUGGGUGGAUUGGCCCCACUUACUCUCCGAUCUGCGCACCUACGAUUAUGGUGGAUAAGCGUAGCGAUGGGACGGGCGAGCGUAAGAUGCGCAUGGUUGUCAAUUACUGGAGCUGA